AUGCAGCUCACCGCCCUCCUCCCCCUGGCCUUCGCGGCAACUGCCCUCUCCCAAACUACAAACCCAACCCUCCCCGAAGGCUACCGCCAAGUAAUCCUCAACACAGUCUGGAACGCCAAGUUCGCCGUGCAAGCCCAAACCCCCGUCAAGAGCGGAUCAGGCAUCGUCUUGUACACCGUCGCGGCAACCAAGCCGAAGCCUGAGCAGCAGUGGUGGAUCAAGGAUGGGACUACCAAGGUGCAGUUGGCUAAUACGAACUUUUGCUUGGAUGCUGGGACUGGAAGAAGCAACGGCUCCCCCCUAACCAUCCAAGACUGCGCCGACACCAAAGCUUCGCAAAAGUGGCUCUAUCAGCCCGAAGGAUACCUGGUUCUGGAUCAAGCCUCAGGCACAAAACUCUGCGUCGACCUCUACACCGGGUCCGUAAGGGAUAACACGAAAAUCGUGCUGUGGCAGUGCAUAAACGGGGACAAGAACCAUCAGUGGAAGGCGGCGAAUGUUACUACCACCCCUUAG